CCCUAUCAGCAGGCAGGCAAUCUCACAGGAGGGCGAAGGCGAAGGCGAGGGCGAGGGCGAGGGCGAGGGCGACCGGCUACUGAAGCUGUGCUUCUGACGAUUGCGGAUUUCACAAGUCGAUCCGGCCAACUGCUCCUGAUUGCACUCCGACGAAGCGCUCGACGCUUGACUAGGGAUGGCCACCUCCCCGAAGCUGUUUGCGCUCAUUGACUAUGGAGACAAUUACGUGCAACCAUUACUAUUGGCGGCCAUCGAGUCUCAAAUCCCUCCCGAUCUGCUCGUCCUCAUCAGCAACAUCUCCGAGCUGCCGUCUCCUUCGAGCAACUUUCUGCAAUGGCGGCAAUAUGAGGAUAUUGACUUGGAAGGUCUGAUGCACAGGUCUACAACAAGUCUGGCCAACAGCUAUGUCAUUCGAAAAGCUCUCAUUCGCAAACAUUACCUUUCCAGCACGGUCUCGCAUUGGCUGACCAAACAUCCGAGCAGCGUGCUGAAGCGCCACGUACAACCAAGUGUCGAAUUCGAAGUCGAUUUUGCUGAAUUCCUGGACGAUGCUCUGAUCGAAGCCUACGAGCUCAAGGAGAGCUGGCAACGGAAUGAAGCUCUUGACCAAGGCUCAGACGAUCGAGAAUGGUGGAUCUUGAAGCCAGGCAUGAGCGAUCGUGGUCAAGGCAUACGCCUCUUCAGCUCCGAAGAAGAGCUGACCGGUAUUUUCGAAGACUGGGAUCCUCCAUCUGAUGAUGACGACGAAGACAACCACAUCUCUCACAAGAGCUCCAACGAUGGCAAAGAGGAGAGUGACAACCAUGGGGUCAUCGCUUCUCAACUUCGCCACUUCAUCGCCCAGCCGUACAUUCAUCCUCCUCUUCUAAUGCCUACUUCGCAUCCCUCUUCGGGUCGCAAAUUCCACAUCAGAACAUAUGUGUUGGCAGUCGGUGCACUGCAGGUGUAUGUCUACCGGCCAAUGUUGGCACUAUUCGCGGGCAAACCUUACCUAGGCCCAUCAGCAUCAACACUACCGAAUGAAGAUCUUUCGAGCCAUUUGACCAAUACUUGCCUGCAGUCUGGUGAAAGAGAGGGAAGUGUACAUGAAUUCUGGUCUCUGCCGUCAAAAGUCAAUGACAAAGUCUCCGAACAUUGGCAAGAGGAUGUCUUUAAGCAAAUCUGCUCGGUCACAGGUGAAGUAUUCGAAGCUGCUGCUCGGAGCAUGAGUAUUCAUUUCCAGCCUCUACCGAACGCUUUUGAGGUGUUCGGGCUCGACUUCAUGGUUGAUGCGCAAGGAACUGCGUGGCUACUUGAAAUCAACGCCUUUCCCGACUUCGCGCAGACAGGAAGUAAGCUCCAGGAUCUAGUCAAGGGCCUAAUCAAAGGUGUUGUAUCAGUUGCCGUAAAGCCGUUCUUUGGACUGGAUGGAGGCAACAGCGAAGUACACAAUCUACAGCGAGUACUUGACAUCGACUUGGGCCGACGAUGA